AUGCUGAAAUGCGGCAACUACAACACCUGCAACUGUCGGAAGUUCAAAGGCAGCCAGAAUCCCCCAGCCUGCGACGGCUUUACCUUUAGCACCGGCCAGGCCAAUCCGAGGGACGAUAUCUUCUACGACUGUCGCCUGGUGCCAGACCAAUGCAGGCACACCGAUGGUGUGCUUUGCAACACUUACCGGUAUUGCACCCCCGACCUUUGCCUCAUUGAUGACGUCGACUGCUCGCCGCGGCAUCAGUGCGAGGCACCCGGCAGAUGUGACUCUGCGAAGGGAUUGUGCUUCUGGGACAACCAAGAAGACGGCUACCCCUGCGACGACGGAAUCUUCUACACCCUCAACGACUCAUGCCAAGAGGGCUUUUGCCAGGGCAUCGCAGAUUUCUGCUUGGGGUACAAUGUGUCAUGUGAUCCGCUGAGUUCAUGUCUGACCGGCGGCGAGUGUCAUCCGUCUACAGGCCGCUGUACGUACGACAAGCUGCCAGAUGAGACACCUUGUGAUGACGGGAGGCAGUUCACGGUUCAGGACCAAUGCCAGAACGGCUUGUGCGUAGGCCGUCCACAGGAUCUUUGUGAGCAGUUCGGUGUCGUGUGCGAGGCACCGAAUUGGUGCUACGAUCCAGGCAGAUGCGAUCCCAAGACCGGUUUGUGCAGUGAAGCUACUUUGGCUCCUGGAUAUCGCCCCUGCAACGAUCAAGACCCCACCACAAGCAAUGACUCGUGCAUCGAAGGGGUUUGCAUGGGCAUGCUGGCUGAUGGCUACCAGUAUCAGACCAUUGGAGCUGGCGAAUGUGUGGAUCGUGAGAAUCGGCGCAUGGCCCGCUAUGCAGGGGACGUGAAGGAUCAGCGAGAAUGCGAGAGGAUUUGUACAGGCGAUCCGCAGUGUGCUGGCUAUGCGUACAACUUUCCUCUGUGCAGCAUCUACGGCACAGUCCGCACCACGAUUCCGAUGGAACUACCAUGGUGGUCCUUCCAGGCGGGUACGGAUCCUUUGGGCGUCAUCAUCGAAGACUCGCAGGUGAUGACGGAAGUGCAAAGGAGGUCCAUCUGCCGACGGAAGGGAGUGGUGCCCGAUCGGGUCAUGUCGCCUUCCGAUGUCGAGGUAUCAGCAGACGAGUUCUUUUCACCAGUCAGGAUCGGCAUCUUCUUCCUGGUCAUCCUUGGCUGCUUCUUUGCAUUGCCUCUGACGGACUACAUUUCCAGACUUCUCAAGUGCCGGAAAGAUCCUUUGGAGGAGGUGGCCUCACAGGCGCUUGGUCCGCGGCAGUGA